AUGGAAAGUGAUAUUAAGAAAAUUUGUUUCCGAGUGACACUGAUUGCCACUAUAAUGACAAAUAUUCUAUGUACAGAUGUAAUACAGGAACUUUCUGUACCGUUGGAGUUGUCUGUAACGUGGGAUGUAGAAAGCACUGUGGUAGGCUAUGCCUCUUUUGAAGUGAUAGGAGUAGUAGGUUGUGCCAAAAUUUGUUUCCAAAAACCGGAAUGCCAGAGCUUCACACAUUUCAAAUCAACAUUAAAAUGUGAAAUAUUUGACCAUAGUCUUCAGUCCAAUAAUCUUAGUACUUUAAAGAUGUCUAUUUAUAGCGAGAAAAUAAAUUGGAAUCAGGAUUUAUUUAGUGGUUGUAGUGAAUUAAACUGUUCGCUUGGCUCAUCGUGUUUUAUUAAACAGGGCACUCCAACUUGUAUUCCCACAGAGUGUGGGCCGACACCGCUUGUCGCCAAUAGUCAAAUGACAGUACAUGGAACUCGAGUAGGAACAUUGGUUCAAUAUACCUGCAAUCCAGAAACAGUGUUAGAAGGAAGACCAGAGAGACGUUGUUUAACUAUUGGAAAAUGGCAGCCCGAUUUGUUUAAGUGCCAUUUACAAUGUCCCCCAGCUCCAUUAGUUCCCGAUGCUGCUUUAGAUGAUCCUUUGAGAAUAGUUGGCAUUUACACAAACUAUACAUGCGUAAAUAACACUCGUCUUUUUGGAACACCUCAUCUUUAUUGUCAAGAUAAUCAAACAUGGACUCCUGUUGAAUUUGAAUGUAUUCGACAAUGUCCACCAGCCCCAGAUGUUAAUGAUGCUACUACAAAUACAUCAGAUAGAAUAAUAAAUACUACAUUAGGUUACCAGUGUCACCCUCUAGCUGAUGCCUAUGGUACACCAUUUAUUGUUUGUCAAGAAGACCUGUCAUGGAGUCCUGUAGUCUUCAACUGUUCACGUCAAUGUCCAAUAGCUGAAGAAGUAACUCACGCCAGAAAGUUAACCCAUGUACGACAAGUGUUUACCACACUAGAAUAUGAGUGUAUUAAUGAUACCUUAUUAGAUGGAAAUCCUACACGGAAUUGCCCUACAACUCAACAAUGGGAACCUAUACAAUUCACAUGCAUUGAACAAUGUCCAGUUUUAGAUAUACCACAUGCUAUAAAUGAUACCAGUAACAGAGUUCUAACGUCCGCCGUCAAUUAUCAUUGUGAAGAUGGUUAUUUACAUAAUGGUACAACUCAAAUAACUUGUCAAAACGACAGAACCUGGACUUCAAUUAAUUUUGAGUGUAUUGAAGUGUGUCCAACAGAAGCACCACCAGUUCAAUAUGCCCAAACAGACCAGAUACUGAGAUUUGUAGGAACAGUUGCUACCUAUACUUGUGAUCCAGAUACUAUCAUACAUGGUGAUAACUACGUUACUUGUAUUCACUCAUCAAAUUCUACUGUAGCGUGGUCAACAGUGCCGUUUUGGUGUGAGAAAGUUUGUUCAGAUUCCCCACCAGUUGUAAUGGAUGCAACACUGACCACCUUUAAUAGAUCAAAAGGAGCAGUAGCAGAAUAUACAUGCCAUAACGAAACAGUUUUAAUAGACGGACCAGCUACAAUCCCAUGUCUACAAUCACAACAAUGGGGAGCUCAAAUAUUCGACUGUAGAAGGCGUUGUCCAAUACCUCUGGUAUAUCCAAACAGUAUCGUCAUUCAUGAUUGUUAUAUUGCUUUAUAUUGUUACAGAUUGUCCAAUACCUCUGGUAUAUCCAAACAGUAUCGUCAUUCAUGA